ACCAGACACAGAGUGGGUGAACCUGCCGAGUGGCUGCGCAGCAAUGACAGCCUGCGAGGUCGCAACUUGGACUGAAACGCUACCUUCCUACCAGCUUGGUGACAGCUGACGCUUUUCACACUUUGUUUUUAAAGUUGUUUUUCACAUUUGACGCUAAAAGGGAUCCAUCCCACCGUGAAAUGAAAUGGGUGCUGAAGUGGACCCGGCAGUGUCCUUUGGAUGUUGCGCUGGUGCUCCGACCCAUACUGGACUUGGGUGUUUGCUGUGGCCACACUGCUUGUUUCUGCGUGGGAAAUGAGUCACCGUGGAAUGGAAGAAACAAAAAGAUAACGUUGUUUUUUUUUUUUUUUUACCUGAUCACUGUGAAAUGUUCCAUCCAGUGUUAUUUUCUUGGUAGACUACAUUUUUGCUUGUGUUUUUAUCUACUAUGCGUGGGUCUUUACAAAUCUGCACAUGAUUUGUUGAUAUGACAGACUUUUUUUUAUUGAUUUUUUCAUUAACUGAGCCCAGUGAGGAUUAAAAACAUCAGAUGGAGUAGUCCACUGUGAUGAAUAACACAACAGACUGGAAAUACACGGGUGGGGAAUUUUAUUUGAUUUUUUUUUUUAUGAUAAAGACAUCAAAUUGUUAUGAUUUUUCUAGCUUGCACGCUGCAGAUUGCAAGUUGAUGCAUGAUGCUAGACAUGCACGAUAGGAACGCAUGACCAGAAAUAAUAUCUUUUCAAAUUUCACCCUAUCUUUUUUUAUGAUAAAUAAAUGUAAAAGAAAAAAAAGGUUUUUUUGUUUUUAUCUUUUUGGUUUUUUGCACCAACUUUGCUCCUGUUCCCAUGCGUCUUUCCCCAACACAGGAUCUCCUGUGGACCGUGUUGUGGACUGUGUUGCUUCCCGAUGCGAUGGGCUGCAUCCAGAGCAUCAGGUGCAAGCCCAAGACUUUCCGUGACAGCAUCGCGGUCCUCGAAGUGAACACAUCUAUCGACUCCAACCCCACCAGCAUUGACGAGUCAUCUGGCGUGGUCCUGCGCUACCGGACGCCGCACUUCCGUGCCCAAGCCCGGGUCCUGGUGCCGCCAAUGGCCGGUAAAGAGACGUGGACCGUCGGCUGGAUUCAAGCUUGUAACCACAUGGAGUUCUAUAACACCUAUGGCAGCAAAGGGAUGUCCAGUUGGGAGCUCCCCGACCUCCGCGAUGGAAAGAUCCAGGCGAUCAGCGACUCAGAUGGCGUCAAUUACCCCUGGUACGGAAACACCACCGAGACCUGCACGAUCGUAGGUCCCACCAAGAAGGACAGCAAGUUCACCGUUAGCAUGAAUGACAAUUUCUACCCUAGCGUCACCUGGGGCGUGCCAGUCAGCGACAGCAACGUACCUCAGCUCAGCAGCAUCCAACGAGACCAGAGCUUCACUACCUGGCUGGUGGCCAUCAAUCAGGCCACCUCGGAGGCCAUCGUCCUGCAGACCAUCCACUGGAGGAUGCGGCUUCACAUACAGGUGGAUCCAGAGAAGCCUCUGGGUCAAAGGGCGGUUCUAACCGAGCCCGUGUCCCAAGAACAGCCGCAGAUCUUAGGCAAGAACGAACCCAUCCCAUCCAACGCCAUGGUCAAGCCCAACGCCAAUGAUGCACAGUUGCUUAUGUGGCGACCCAAGGUGGGUGACCCCGUGGUGGUCAUCCCACCCAAACACUGACCGCACGGACCUUGGAUACCGGAACAACUUGCUUUGUUGUCAUUGUUCAUGUUAAAAAUAGACACCAGCUCUGAUGACUUUAGGGACCGGGGUUAAAAAAACUGGACUGAACAAAAAAAAAAACAAAACACAACCAUUCUACCUUGAAACUGGGUCGGUCUCACUGUGCGAAAUGAAGUCUCAGACUUCAAUUUGGGUUUGUGUGGAAUUUUAGUAUUUAAGCCAUCAUGACUGAGCAUUGAUUUUGUGUCUGAAUAUAUUGUGUGCAUGUUUUUUUUUUUUAUUUAUAAGCUGCGAGUGUGUCAAUUUUUAUAUGUGUUGCGUGUCAGCGUGCUCAUUUUUUUAAGUUAAUGCAAGACGUUCAAUCCAUGCUGCCUUAUGUUUACAUUGCUCUCCACUCCGAACCCUUUAGCCUUAAACAAAGUGCAAUGCAGUAUUUUCCUUUGUCCCGUGUCUUCCUUACGUUUUUGGUGCCGCUUGUGUGGGUUUUGGGACAGAAACGGGAAGGCCCAGAUCUGGAACCCCUGAACUAAGUUCUCAACUUUAAAAGGGAAGAAGGUUGAUGCUUGUAACAACCCUCAAUGUUCCACAUACCCUGCAGUUCAUGGGGUAAAUUGCAUUUGUGGCGCCAACACCGGUUGUGGUCAAAAUGAUAUGAUCAUGAUAUAAAUGGUCAAUGAGUUAUGGUCAAUUAGUUGCGAAAAUGUUUUGCUUGAUGGCGACCGUGUUUUUCCAACCAAUCUUGCCCAAAUUUUACAGACGUGCUUGUCAGUCACUUAAAGGUGUUGAGCAGUGGUGAAAAAAUUCAAGUCAAUCCGACUUAUGGGGUCAAAAUCUGGGGUUUAAUAACAGCACCACCCAUGUGGUGUGUUUGUCAGGAAAAUAACAGCACAGGCAACACAGUAGGGGUGCGUGUUUUGACAAAAGGCUGUGUAGGGUCGUCUACGUCAUGGUAAUCGGCAAAGAUCGAGGCAACUGGACUCUUCCUGUUUGUUGAAGACGUUUCAGCUUUCGUCCAAAAAGCUUCUUCAUUCUUCAGGUGUUUUAGAACUGAAAAAGCCUGGGAAGAUUCUCAUUCAUCCAGGUGGAUGAUCCCAAAUGGACUGAACAGUUUGUCUUUGAAGACGUUUUGCCUCUCAUCCGAGCAGGCUUCAUCCGUUCACACUCAAUGACUUGGUGGGACAGCUCUAGUCUGACUAGAUCCCAGGACUAGGGCUGUCCUAGGUCCUAGGACUUGCUCUGUCUAGUCAGAUUAGAGCUGUCCCACCUAGUCAUUGGGUAUGAAUCGAUGAAGCCCGCUCUGACAAGAGGCGAAACAUCUUCUAAGACAACGCGUCCAGUUCAGUUGCGAUCGAUUCGAUGCACUGAGAAUACCACUAAAGAAGCGUUUGGGACAAAAGGUGAAAUGUCUUCGACAAACAGUUGCCUCAAUUCAACCUUUGCGGUUUUUGCCAAAUGUUCACCCUUUUGCGUGCAGUGGUUCAGGAGUACAAUAGAAGAUUUUGCUCUUACACAAGCAAUAUUCUCAAAGCCGGAAGCACAGAAUUGCCCGAAAUGACUUGCUAAGAUGAAGAAUUAAGACUGAGAGGGAUCUUAAGGUUCUUGUCCAACACAUGAUUUGGGAAUCAAGAUAAGGACACAAGGGCUUGCCUCCAAAUGGAAGACGCACAUGGGACACCAGAGUUCUGGUUGUAUGAAUAAUAGCACAAAAUACCCCUUUGGAAAUAGUCUCAGACUUGAACAGAGGACUUGUGAACAGUGGGUCUUUUUGUGACACGAAAGAACGUUCUAAUUUCACUCCUAUCUUGUUUUCGCUCCAAAAACCCAAAGUAACAAAAAAGCCAUUCUGAUGGAAUUUUUAUAUUCCUGCUGAGCAUUUCUUUUUAAAGGACGACCAUGCAAAUUGCGCUGCCAGGGAUGCAAAGCGUAUGAGGGGACAGAGCUUAAAAUCCACCGAAAUAGACAAGAUGGUCGUCGUAAUAAAUAAGUAAUAAAUGGGUAAAUUUCAGGUUUAUUCCACCCAUUGCAAGUACAAAAUAACCACGGCCGCUCAUGCCGUGAGGUGAACGCCGUUAUUAGCAUGAUUGCAUAAAAAGCUCACGCAUGGCCUCACGAGACGCUCCUGUGAAAGAAAUUCGGGCUGAGUCAUAGGCCAUCUGGAUAAGGGGGUUAAGAAAAGAAGGGCUAGCGGGGGGACUCCUGACGUAAUUAGAUCACUUGGAUGCCCCGCAAGGUCUCAACUGUGCCAAGCCAUGCUUAUGUGUGAAAGGGCUUAGCCGAGGGGUUGCAAGGGUUAGUUAGGGUUGCAAAGGUUAGCAGCGGUUGCGAGGGAUCCUGAGGACGGCAUUUUUCUUCCUUUUUUCUGUAUAAACUGACACAGAAUGAAGGGGCAAACGUUGCGCCUCUGGAGUUAGUAUUGGAGCACUAACACAGGUGGGUGAGCAACACUGGGGGCCAACUAGGAUCUCAGGGUCAGCCUGUGUCCGCCAGUGUCAUGUUUUAAGUGAUGCUAAAUAAAGAUGAGUGUGAUGGGAGCUUGAUAUGUAUGCUUGAAAACAAGAAUGAAGCGAGCACAAUGCAGCUAAUUAGCAAUGGAGUCUACGACCUUUCACCCGACGACACUCCUGUGAGUGUUUAUGGGUCAUCAUGGCGAUGCGUAGUACUCAACCAGACUACAUGUAAUGUAAUUAAACCUCAACAUGUGUGCGUGUGAGUUAAUACCCCGUUGAAGGGAUUUAGGGAUGAGGGGCUUGACUGAUGUGCUUCUGCUCUUGUUGAGUCAUCAUGCUUUCUCGGCCACACACACACACACACACACACACACACACACGGAAAGGUUAUGUCCUUGUCAUAAAACAGGGACACACACAUCGACGCCCUAAGGGGCUGGUGUGGUAUCUGAUGGUGUUGUCACCCUGCCAAGCACCGGCCCCAUUUAUCAAGUCAGGACCGCACGUGAGCUAACUGGACGGCCAAAUGCGACCCUAAAAACACGGCCACACACCAGCGGCGGGGGUUUAAAUGUCGUGUUACCCGGCGCUCACACCACAGAAGAAGAUCACAGAUGCUACUUGUGCUUCAGCAAAUGAGCCGUGGAAAAACAAUCUGUUUGUUGCCAAAUUGAUCACAGCCAAAAUGUGAAGUGUUUUGUGAUUUUGGAACAUACGCACACCUAAUAAAAAUGUCUAUUUUUACAUGAUUAAAAGUUGAAACUGAACCGAUCCCUGGUUCAAGCUUUAAGGCUCCAUCAAGAAGAAUAGUUUCCUACGUUUUUCCCACAUGAAGUGAUCCUCAUCUCCUCAAGUACAAAGACAAAUUUAGUGUUAGUGUGACAAGUGUGGCAGUAGUGAGCCUCACCACCUCCUCAAAAAAACAGAUUUUCUGGAGCAUAUUUUGUGUCAUCUUCUGCACACAUCAGACUUUUUCCAUCCUUGGGCCAAAAAAAAAUCUACUUUGCCUUUGACUCACGUUAGCAUAGCAGGGUUGAAAAAGAUGCUUUUCUUUAUUUUCCUCAAGCUGCCACGCCUCAGACU